UGGCACCGAGUGGGUCCAGCACAAAUCUGACAGGGUGGAGGCACUAAUGGGGGAGUCCGGGCCCGCUACUAGACUUGGUUGUCUAAGGAGGAUCAGUGAUAAGGCCUGGUCAGUCUGACCUCAUUGAGAAUAUCUUGCCUACAGUCUUGGAUUUUUCUCUUUUUACCUCGGUUUUCUACUGGAGGCCUCAGAAACCUCGGGCUAGAUUUGGCUACACACCGAUCCGAGUGCGAGAAGGCGUCUGUUGUGUUGUUUGGAAAGUCUCGUGAAAUGUAAUUUCCAGAAUUUGGCGGUUUGAGGUCGUAACACGUUCAUUUCGUUAGAGUCAUUUGUGUUUACACGAUAGCAAAAAGUGGAAAUAAUAUGAAGUAAGUUAGAAAAAAGUUAAUGAGACAAGCUAAGUAGUUAGCUAGCCUGCUACAAUGCUAGUUAGCUACCUCGUAGCGAAACUCUAGCAUGUUGAAUGAAUGAAUCGGCGACCACCUUCGCGUAACUGCUUGUUCGGACAGUAACACGUCAAAUACUAAGUCGCACAAGACGACACUAACUAUCUACAACAGGGUGAGCCUGUCUGGCUAACUCUUCUUUGACUGUUACAGUACAUAUCCACUAACGGACCGGAAUGCGAUUCCUGGUAGUUGGUGGACAGCGGCGAUUUAGCACGCGAAGAUAGUGUUGUGUUGCUACUGACCAUAGUCUGGUAAUGUUUAUGAAGCUGGAGGAAGCUAACUUUAGCUAGCUGCAGAUAUUUGCACUACUUGGACUUGGCUGCAAUAGUGUGAAGUAUACUCCUGAUUUUGGCAUGGGGAAUACGGUGUCAUGCUGCGUCUCUCCCGAGUCGAGCCCCAAACUACCCUCCAGACAACCGGCGGAGCGGCUGGAGGAGUUCCAGACCAGCACCGAAGUGAGCGAUGACAACACCGUGCCCUACCUGCAGCAUAUAAGCGACAGAGAGGUCCCCGAUGAACUGGCCCUGGAGUCUAACCCGUCGGACCACGCCCGAGCGAGCACCAUCUUCCUUAGCAAGUCCCAGACAGACGUACGAGACAAGAGGAAAAGCAACCAUAUAAAUCAUAUCAGUCAUGUAUCUCCUGGUCCACUGUCAAAGAAAUACAGCUCCUGCUCCACAAUCUUUAUAGACGACAACACCGUCAGCCAGCCAAACCUCAAAAGCACAAUCAAAUGUGUCACGUUAGCAAUAUACUACCACAUCAAAAACAGGGACUCUGACAGGUCACUGGACAUCUUUGAUGAGAAGUUGCACCCCUUAUCAAGAGAGGCAGUGCCGGACGACUACUCCCGUGUCGACCCAGAACACAAACUGAUCUACCGCUUCGUCAGAACGCUCUUCAGUGCUGCACAGCUCACUGCAGAAUGUGCCAUUGUCACUCUGGUGUACUUGGAACGCCUGCUGACCUACGCUGAGCUAGAUAUCUGCCCAGCCAACUGGAAGCGCAUCGUCCUUGGAGCCAUCUUGUUGGCUUCUAAAGUCUGGGAUGACCAGGCUGUGUGGAAUGUCGACUACUGCCAGAUCCUUAAAGACAUCACCGUGGAGGACAUGAAUGAGAUGGAGCGCCACUUCCUGGAACUUCUCCAGUUUAAUAUCAACGUGCCAGCCAGCGUCUAUGCCAAGUACUACUUUGAUCUGCGGCAGCUGGCCGAUGACAACAACCUCAGCUUCCCUCUGGAGCCACUCAACAACCAGCGCGCACAGAAACUAGAGGCAAUUUCAAGACUCUGUGAGGACAAGUACAAGGACCUGAGUCGAGCGGCGAUGAGACGAUCCUUCAGCGCAGACAACCUGAUAGGUAUACGACACUCCAACGCUGUGCUGUCAUAGGUCAGACUGCUGCCGUCUGACUUCCAAAGCCCAGCUAGCCCACAGCCAGCCCCGGACAAACGCGGUCACCUCACGGGGUCGACGCAGCCACGUCAGGCGGGAGCCCUGAAAUGCUACUGUAUGACCCGCCCAGGCGGUAACUUACUGUUCGGCUGUAUAGCUGCGGGAUUGUCAAAUUAAACUUGAAAAUGAGGUGUUUACCUAAAACUUCACCACACAACUAUUGUUUUUACAGAUCCCUUAUUUAUUUCUCAAUCGUCCCUUAUUUCCAGGAGAAGGUGUGAAGUAGGAAUUUCUCCACUGCAGUUCUAUCUGAGGGGCCGUCUUUGGAUUGUCAAAAAAAUGUCAUUUUGUGCAACAAUUUUUAAAUGAUUCCACGCAGCCUUAAAGGUUAAGGCCGGCGUUAAUAUUGUAGCUGUUGUCACCAAAUCCCAUGAAAAGACUAAAAUCAAGCGUUAGUUUGUCUGUGUCGUCUCUGACUUCCAUGCGCUGUCUGUGGCUCUGAGCCUCCAGGCCAUUGGUUACAUAAAUAUUUAAUAUGGGUCACAUAUAUUAAUAUUAUCACAUCGACAGUUUAAUUCUUAAAAAGGCUCAUCAUUUCCUAAAACAGCUGCCACAUCAAACAUUACUCAAACCGGAGGAAAUAGUGCCUUUGUUUGGGGCUAUUUUUAGCAGUGGAUGAAUCCACAUUUGGUGGUGCUAGUGAGUAUUAAUAGCAGCAGGAGGGUGUAUGUGGGUUGAUUUAAAAUAAACCGUGCACAGCACACAGCUACUACAGUGUGUGUGUUUGUCAUAAUGAAGGAACAUGUCAGCCAGUGCAACAGUGGCUGUGGAUGCACACACACACACACACACAGUACUUCCUAGUGUGAUCAGUUCAGCGUUGUUGUGUUUUCGUGGGAUUUGUUGACAAUAAUAAGACGAUCUAGAAUAUCAACAGACAUAUCCUUUAAUCAGCACACACAUCACAUGGAAAGCAAAAGCUGUUCCCUGUAAAUUAGACGUAACACCAGAAGUAACGUUUGAGAGUGUAAAGAAAGACUUGUUUACUGUGUAUUCCAGUGGUGUUGGACUGUAUUUCAGUAAAUUCUGUACACAUUUGAAUUUGGAUGGAGCGCACGACGUGUCUCAGAUGACGAAGUAUUGGAACGAUUCCACAGGAGUUGGCUGACGUAAGCAAACCUCCAGUUAGCUCUUGCAGUGUGUCUGCGAAUCAGGAGUGCCAAUUUGGUGUCAGUUUCACUUUUCACUUCAGAUGAUCAAAAAGGCCAAUUUACAGACUCUGGAUCAGAACUGCGACUGUUUCAGCUGUUACAUGAUGACAAAAUGUAGGCCUGGUCCACGCUGUCCGGCCUCUGUAUUGUGCCCCUGAAGUUCUGCCAUCCUGACCCCACCUCAAAGAGCCCAUGAACAGAUUACCCAGCCCGUGAUUGUCCCAGGCCCCGACCAGAGCUUUCAAACAAACUACAUAGAUACUGAGGGGAAAAAGAGACUGAUGGACGCUCCCCUCCUCUUUGCUUACUAUGUAGGCUACUAGCUGUGAAAUUUGUCUUGUUUUUAAUUGAAACAACCAUUUGCAGAUGGAGUAUUUUAAAUAAACACUAAUCAUGUAACAAAUACAUCAAGUUGUGUUGUGUGU